AGGCUGAGGCAGGUAGAUCACCUGAGAUUGCUCCUGGGAACCAUGCCGAAAGUAGUGUCUCGGUCAGUAGUCUGCUCUGACACUCGGGACCGGGAGGAAUAUGACGACGGCGAGAAGCCCCUCCAUGUUUACUACUGUUUGUGCGGCCAGAUGGUCCUAGUACUGGACUGCCAGUUAGAGAAAUUGCCCAUGAGGCCCCGGGACCGGUCCCGUGUGAUUGAUGCUGCCAAACAUGCCCAUAAGUUUUGUAACACAGAAGACGAGGAGACUAUGUAUCUGCGGAGACCUGAAGGCAUUGAACGACAGUACAGGAAGAAAUGUGCAAAGUGUGGACUGCCGCUCUUCUACCAAUCCCAGCCGAAGAAUGCUCCCGUUACCUUCAUUGUGGAUGGAGCGGUAGUCAAGUUUGGCCAGGGCUUUGGGAAGACGAACAUAUAUACUCAGAAACAAGAGCCUCCUAAGAAGGUGAUGAUGACCAAACGGACCAAAGACAUGGGCAAGUUCAGUUCUGUCACUGUGUCUACCAUUGAUGAAGAGGAAGAGGAGAUUGAGGCCAGGGAAGUUGCUGACUCAUAUGCACAGAAUGCCAAAGUGAUUGAAAAACAGCUGGAGCGCAAAGGCAUGAGCAAGAGGCGACUGCAAGAGCUGGCCGAACUGGAAGCCAAGAAAGCGAAAAUGAAGGGGACCUUGAUUGACAACCAGUUCAAAUAACCAGGCCUUUUUCUGAGCCCUAGACUGGAGGCAAGCAUUUAGAUCAGGAGGCAAAGUAAUUUCUUGAUUAUAUAGAUGGACUCUUAUUUGUGUCCUAGCAGAAGGCUUUACGUUGUUUCCCAUUGGUUCUCCUACAUUCAGUGAGGUCUUUAACUGAGUCCAUUUGACUUUCUUUCUUUUUUUUUGAGACAGAGUCUUGCUCUGUCGCCCAGGCUGGAGUGCAGCGGCACGAUUUCGGCUUACUGCAACCUCCGCCUCCUGGGUUCAAGCGAUUCUCCUGCCUUAGCUUCCCGAGUAGCUGGGAUUACAGGCGUGUGCUACCACACCUGGCUAAUUUUUGUAUUUUUAAUAGAGACAGGUAGAGACGGGUUUCACCAUGUUGGCCAGACUGGUCUCGAACUCCUGACCUCAAAUGAUCCACCCACCUUAGCCUCCCAAAGUGCUGGGAUUACAGGCGUGAGCCACCAUGCCCAGCCUUGACCUGCUUUCUAGGAGAUGGAGUUUUCUGAAUUUUUCUGUAUUUAGGUUUUCUGUACUAUUUUUUGUCCAUUUGAUGCAAACUUCUUAAGCUGUGUAGAAACUUUAUGAAUAAAUCAGUGCUUUAGUGUCUCCAGAC